AUGGUUGGUGGGGAUUUCAAUGUUGUUUUGAAUCAAGAAGAAAAGAUUGGUGGUUUACCUGUUGAUAUGAAUAAUGCAGAAGACUUUGCUUUUUGUAUUAACUCUUAUGAAUUGGAGGUGGUAAAUUUCAAGGGUAGUCCUUUUACUUGGUGGAAUGGUAGAGCUGCUGAUGAAUGCAUAUUUGAAAGGCUUGACACAAUGCUGGUCAAUUCUCAGUUUCUGAACUGGUUUGGUCAAAUUGAAGUUGAGCAUUUGGCUAGGACAGUUUCUGACCAUGCACCUCUUCUGUGUACUUAUGGUGAAGUGUCAACUAAUGUCCCAAGACCUUUCAACCUAAAAGGUGUUUUGUCAAGAUGGAGCAGGGAAGCAUGUGGUGACAUCUUCAAGCAGUUGAUUAUCAGAGAGGAGAUUGUCAAAAUAAAGGAAGAGUUAUUUGAAGAAAUUCCUUCAACUUCUAAUAGAUGUGAAUAUUGGAGGCAAAAAGCAAGCGUAGAUUGGUUUGCUGAAGGUGACAGGAAUACUAGAUUCUUUCACAAUCUAGUCAAAGGUAGAAGGAAAAAGUUGUUGAUUAAUAGAAUUCAAGGAAGUGAUAGUGUCUGGUUAGAGGAUGAAGUUCAAAUAGCUGCUGAGGCUGUUAAGUUUUAUCAGACUCAAUUUUAA